ACUCUAGUGAUCAAAAAGUUACUAAAACCCUCCAAGUUUCAAACUUUUAACACAAAUCACAAUCUAAAGUCCAAAACAACCCAUAAAAUCCUACAGUAUUGUAUUGCUUGAUAGUGUCUGGGAAUCUACUUGUUUCUUGACACUCUAUAAGCAUACAGAGAGAGAGAGAGAGAGAGAGAGAGAGAGAUCUUUGUGUAGAUCCAAUGGAGUACAGAAGAAUCAAAGAUCAGGAUAAAGAUAUGGAUCCUGCUAAUGACCUUGAAAGCUUACGUGGCAGACCCCCCAUUUUAGAUGCCAUUCCUGUACCUUAUGAUAAAACCAAGUGGAAAAUGAAGUCGAUGGUUACAUUGGCUUUGACGUUUCUCACUAGUUCGCAAGCUAUACUUAUUGUUUGGUCAAAAAGAGCCGGAAGAUAUGAGUAUAGCGUUACUACAGCUAACUUUUUGGUUGAGGCUUUAAAAUGUGCGUUAUCUCUUGCGGCAUUGUCCAGGACAUGGAGAACAGAAGGUGUGACUGAAGAUAACAGGUUAAGUACAACAGUGGAUGAAGUUAGUGUUUACCCCAUUCCUGCGGCACUUUACCUUGUCAAGAAUUUGCUCCAGUACUAUAUCUUUGCAUAUGUGGAUGCUCCAGGGUAUCAAAUACUCAAAAAUCUGAAUAUUAUCAGCACUGGUGUGCUUUACCGCAUAAUUCUCAAGAAGAAGUUAAGCGAGAUCCAAUGGGCUGCUUUCGUUUUACUUUGUGCGGGGUGCACAACAGCACAACUUAAUCCUUCUUCUGAUCAUGUUCUUCAAACUCCUUUUCUAGGCUGGAUGAUGGCCAUUAUCAUGGCACUUCUAAGUGGUUUUGCUGGGGUGUACACUGAGGCUAUUAUAAAAAAGCGGCCUUCCAGAAACAUAAAUGUACAGAAUUUUUGGCUAUAUGUCUUUGGGAUGGUCUUUAAUGUUAUUGCGAUAUUGACCCAAGAUUUUGAUGCGGUUGUGAACAAGGGUUUUUUCCAUGGAUAUUCACUUAUUACAGUUCUCAUGAUUAUCAACCAUGCCCUGAGUGGGAUUGCUGUUUCUAUGGUGAUGAAGUAUGCUGACAAUAUUGUCAAGGUUUAUUCGACUUCUGUAGCAAUGCUACUAACAGCAGUUGUUUCUGUGUUCCUGUUUAAUUUUCAUCUAUCCCUUGCUUUUUUCCUUGGAUCAACUGUUGUUUCAGUUUCCAUCUAUUUGCAUUCCAUUGGAAAGUUGCAGAGAUGAUAAUGAAGAUAUACUACCCCCAGAUCAUCUUACAUUACGCUGCUUGGAGCGCAUCAGAAAGAGAUUUAUAAUUAAGUGAAUGUAAUCAAUAGUUUUUUCGGUAAAAUGUAAUCAAUAGUUCGGUACACGUAAUAUGAUUCCAAUAGCUACCGUAAGUUUUAGAUGAAUCACAUAGCACAGGUUCACAAAGAUCAGUUUAUUACAUUUGUGAUAUUAAUUUUGUAUUAGAAUUAUAUUUUAAUUUCUGCCACUUGCAUGCCUAUGGAUUUAUGAGCAGUUUAAAAGGUGAACGUAUUCGGUAA